CCUCCCUGAGUACUCACAUGUUCAAAUCAGCCUCCAAAUUUAAAACAACAAAACUAAAACAUAACCUAAGUUUCGAAGGGAAGACAAAUAAGUUGGAAUAUAUCGUUUGACCGUAACUUUACGAAAUAUGUUAUAAUUGUGCGAAUGUAUGUAGCCGCUUUAACUUUACAUAAUAAUCUGAUGUGUUAUUUUGAUAUUUAAACGUCCAGUUAUAGUGUCUUUUAUCAGCUCUGAGGUUAAAUUUAGAGUAGUAUUUGUUCUUCCAAUAUUAUGGAAGUAAAGAAUGUAAAGGCUGCAUCUCUCUGUAAUCAUGAGGUUCUUCACCUGUUGAACGUUUUAAAGGAGAAACCUCAGGAACAAAGUGCUCCUCUAAACAAACACUUAGCCACCAUAUAUUAUGAGACAAAUCACUUCCUGCAAGACAGUGGCUUUGGCGAUCAGACUGCAUCUAUGAUAAGCAACAUGUUGUUGGCACUCAAGGAGUUCCCAGUUGCGCUCACCAAAGAAGAGAAGCUGAUGAUCGUCAAUUACCCCCCCACUACCAACCUGCAACUUUCCCUGAUUGUACGUGAUGCCGAUGAGAGAAUGAGUGAAGAACAAAUGCAAGAAUUGUUAGACUUAAUAAAAAAACAUCUUUUACAAGAACUUGGUUAAAUAUAUAUAAAAAAAUAGAAAUAUUUUUUAUUGAAACCCCCAAUUUUAAACCCACAUAAU